AUGAAGGCAUUUUUACUUCUUACAUUGGCGCUAACAUGUACGAAGAUAUCGGCAAAUCCGUGUUCUCCCGUACCACCUGCACCACCACCAGCACCACCUUGUUCCUCUCCACCUGCUGGAUCUCCUAUACUAGGUCUAUCCUUAACUUCGAGUUUAAGUUCUGCUGUAGCUGGAGCGGGAAGCCUUACAAGUAGCACCAGUGGCUCUGGCGCUGCAAGUUCAGCCCAAAGUUCUGGUCUUGGCUCAGCCGUUUCUUCUGCCAUCGGUGGAGCUGGCAGUCUUGCAAGUUCCGCAGCAUUGGCAGCAGCAUCAGCAACAAGCUCAAGCUCUUCCAGCGGUAACAGUGGUUCAAAUUCUGUAAGUUCAGCACAAGGAUCCGGUAUUGGAGCAGCCAUUGCUUCAGGUAGUGGCGGAGCAGCAAGUCUUGCAAGUGCCGCAGCAUUAGCUGCAGCAGCAGCAAAAAGUUCAAGUUCGUCCAGUGGUAUUGGGGGUUCAAGCUCCUCCAGCUCAGCACAAGGAUCUGGUAUUGGAGCAGCCAUUGCUUCAGGUAGUGGCGGAGCAGCUAGUCUUGCAAGCGCAGCAGCAUUGGCAGCAGCAGCAGCAAAAAGUUCAAGUUCAUCCAGUGGUAGUGGGGGUUCAAGCUCCAUUAGCUCAGCACAAGGAUCUGGUAUUGGAACAGCCAUUGCUUCAGGUAGUGGCGGAGCAGCUAGUCUUGCAAGCGCCGCAGCAUUGGCAGCAGCAGCAGCAAAAAGUUCAAGUUCAUCCAGUGGUAGUGGGGGUUCUAGCUCCGUUAGCUCAGCACAAGGGUCAGGUAUUGGUGCAGCCAUUGCUUCAGGUGGUGGCGGAGCUUCUAGUCUUGCAAGCGCCGCAGCUUUAGCAGCAGCAGCAGCAAAAAGUUCAAGUUCGUCCAGUGGUAUUGGGGGUUCAAGCUCCUCUAGCUCAGCACAAGGAUCUGGUAUUGGAGCAGCCAUUGCUUCAGGUAGUGGCGGAGCAGCUAGUCUUGCAAGCGCCGCAGCAUUGGCAGCAGCAGCAGCAAAAAGUUCAAGUUCAUCCAGUGGUAGUGGGGGUUCAAGCUCCAUUAGCUCAGCACAAGGAUCUGGUAUUGGAGCAGCCUUCGCUUCCGGUGGUGGCGGAGCAGCUAGUCUUGCAAGCGCCGCAGCUUUGGCAGCAGCAGCAGCAAAAAGUGCAAGUUCAUCCAGUGGAAGUGGGGGUUCAAGCUCUAUUAGCUCAGCACAAGGUUCUGGUAUUGGAGCAGCUAUUGCUUCAGGUAGUGGCGGGGCAGCAAGUCUUGCAAGUGCCGCAGCAUUAGCUGCAGCAGCAGCAAAAAGUGCAAGUUCAUCCAGUGGUAGUGGGGGUUCAAGCUCCAUUAGCUCAGCACAAGGUUCAGGUAUAGGUGCAGCAGUUGCUUCAGGUAGUGGCGGAGCCGCUAGUCUUGCAAGCGCUGCAGCUUUGGCAGCAGCAGCAGCAAAAAGUGCAAGUUCAUCCAGUGGUAGUGGGGGUUCAAGCUCUAUUAGCUCAGCACAAGGUUCUGGUAUUGGAGCGGCCUCUGCUUCCGGUGGUGGCGGAGCAGCUAGUCUUGCAAGCGCCGCAGCUUUGGCAGCAGCAGCAGCAAAAAGUACAAGUUCAUCAAGUGGUAGCGGGGGUUCAAGCUCCAUUAGCUCAGCACAAGGUUCAGGUAUAGGUGCAGCCGUUGCUUCAGGUAGUGGCGGAGCCGCUAGUCUUGCAAGCGCCGCAGCUUUGGCAGCAGCAGCAGCAAAAAGUUCAAGUUCAUCCAGUGGUAGUGGGGGUUCAAGCUCCAUUAGCUCAGCACAAGGAUCUGGUAUUGGAGCAGCCAUUGCUUCAGGUAGUGGCGGAGCAGCUAGUCUUGCAAGCGCCGCAGCAUUGGCAGCAGCAGCAGCAAAAAGUUCAAGUUCAUCCAGUGGUAGUGGGGGUUCAAGCUCCAUUAGCUCAGCACAAGGAUCUGGUAUUGGAGCAGCCUUCGCUUCCGGUGGUGGCGGAGCCGUUAGUCUUGCAAGCGCUGCAGCUUUGGCAGCAGCAGCAGCAAAAAGUGCAAGUUCAUCCAGUGGAAGUGGGGGUUCAAGCUCUAUUAGCUCAGCACAAGGUUCAGGUAUAGGUGCAGCCGUUGCUUCAGGUAGUGGCGGAGCCGUUAGUCUUGCAAGCGCUGCAGCUUUGGCAGCAGCAGCAGCAAAAAGUGCAAGUUCAUCCAGUGGUAGCGGGGGUUCAAGCUCCAUUAGCUCAGCACAAGGUUCAGGUAUAGGUGCAGCCGUUGCUUCAGGUAGUGGCGGAGCCGUUAGUCUUGCAAGCGCUGCAGCUUUGGCAGCAGCAGCAGCAAAAAGUGCAAGUUCAUCCAGUGGAAGUGGGGGUUCAAGCUCUAUUAGCUCAGCACAAGGUUCAGGUAUAGGUGCAGCCGUUGCUUCAGGUAGUGGCGGAGCAUCUAGUCUCGCAAGUGCCGCAGCUUUGGCAGCAGCAGCAGCCAAAAGCUCAAGUUCUUCCAGUGUUGGCGGGGGUUCUAGCUCCGUUAGCUCAGCACAAGGUUCAGGCAUUGGUGCAGCCAUUGCUUCAGGUAGUGGCGGAGCCGCCAGUCUUGCAAGCGCCGCAGCUUUGGCAGCAGCAGCAGCCAAAAGCUCAAGUUCUUCCAGUGUUGGCGGGGGUUCUAGCUCCGUUAGUUCAGCACAAGGAUCCGGUAUUGGAUCAGCCAUUGCUUCAGGUAGUGGUGGAGCCGCCAGUCUUGCAAGUGCCGCAGCUUUAGCUGCAGCAGCAGCACAAAGCUCAAGUAUAUCUAGUGGUAGCGGGGGUUCUAGCUCCGUCAGCUCAGCACAAGGAUCCGGUAUUGGAGCAGCCAUUGCUUCAGGUAGUGGGGGAGCCGCCAGUCUUGCAAGCGCAGCGGCUUUGGCAGCAGCAGCAGCUAAAAGUUCUAGCUCCUCCAGUGGUAGUGGGGGUUCAAGCUCCAUUAGCUCAGCACAAGGAUCCGGUAUUGGAGCAGCCUUUGUUUCUGGCAGUGGCGGAGCCGCUAGUCUCGCAAGCGCAGCCGCUUUAGCUGCAGCAGCAGCACAAAGUUCAAGUUCAUCCAGCGGUAGUGGGGGAUCUGGCUCCGUUAGUUCAGCACAAGGUUCAGGUAUUGGAACAGCCAUUGCUUCCGGUAGUGGCGGAGCCGCUAGUCUUGCAAGCGCUGCAGCUUUGGCAGCAGCAGCAGCAAAAAGUUCAAGUUCAUCCAGCGGUAGUGGGGGUUCUAGCUCCGUUAGCUCAGCACAAGGAUCCGGUAUUGGAACAGCCAUUGUUUCAGGUAGUGGUGGAGCUGCCAGUCUUGCAAGUGCCGCAGCUUUAGCUGCAGCUGCAGCACAAAGCUCAAGUUCAUCUAGUGGUAGCGGGGGUUCUAGCUCCGUCAGCUCAGCACAAGGAUCCGGUAUUGGAGCAGCCAUUGCUUCAGGUAGUGGCGGAGCCGCUAGUCUUGCCAGUGCCGCAGCUUUAGCUGCAGCAGCAGCACAAAGCUCAAGUUCAUCUAGUGGUAGCAGGGGUUCUAGCUCCGUCAGCUCAGCACAAGGAUCCGGUAUUGGAGCAGCCAUUGCUUCAGGUAGUGGCGGAGCCGCUAGUCUUGCAAGUGCCGCAGCUUUGGCAGCAGCAGCAGCAAAAAGUUCAAGUUCAUCCAGCGGUAGUGGGGGUUCUAGUUCCAUUAGCUCAGCACAAGGAUCCGGUAUUGGAACAGCCAUUGCUUCAGGUAGUGGUGGAGCCGCGAGUCUUGCAAGUGCUGCAGCUUUAGCUGCAGCAGCAGCACAAAGCUCAAGUUCAUCUAGUGGUAGCGGGGGUUCUAGCUCCGUCAGCUCAGCACAAGGAUCCGGUAUUGGAGCAGCCAUUGCUUCAGGUAGUGGUGGAGCCGCCAGUCUUGCAAGUGCUGCAGCUUUAGCUGCAGCAGCAGCACAAAGCUCAAGUUCAUCUAGUGGUAGCGGGGGUUCUAGCUCCGUCAGCUCAGCACAAGGAUCCGGUAUAGGAGCAGCCAUUGCUUCAGGUAGUGGCGGAGCUGCCAGUCUUGCAAGUGCCGCAGCUUUAGCUGCAGCUGCAGCACAAAGCUCAAGUUCAUCUAGUGGUAGCGGGGGUUCUAGCUCCGUCAGCUCAGCACAAGGAUCCGGUAUUGGAGCAGCCAUUGCUUCAGGUAGUGGUGGAGCCGCCAGUCUUGCAAGUGCCGCAGCUUUAGCUGCAGCAGCAGCACAAAGCUCAAGUUCAUCUAGUGGUAGCGGGGGUUCUAGCUCCGUCAGCUCAGCACAAGGAUCCGGUAUUGGAGCAGCCAUUGCUUCAGGUAGUGGUGGAGCCGCCAGUCUUGCAAGUGCUGCAGCUUUGGCAGCAGCAGCAGCAAAAAGUUCAAGUUCAUCCAGCGGUAGUGGGGGUUCUAGUUCCAUUAGCUCAGCACAAGGAUCCGGUAUUGGAACAGCCAUUGCUUCAGGUAGUGGUGGAGCCGCGAGUCUUGCAAGUGCCGCAGCUUUAGCUGCAGCAGCAGCACAAAGCUCAAGUUCAUCUAGUGGUAGCGAAGGUUCUAGCUCCGUCAGCUCAGCACAAGGAUCCGGUAUUGGAGCAGCCAUUGCUUCAGGUAGUGGUGGAGCCGCCAGUCUUGCAAGUGCCGCAGCUUUAGCUGCAGCAGCAGCACAAAGCUCGAGUUCAUCUAGUGGUAGCGGGGGUUCUAGCUCCGUCAGUUCAGCACAAGGAUCCGGUAUUGGAGCAGCCAUUGCUUCAGGUAGUGGCGGAGCCGCUAGUCUUGCAAGUGCCGCAGCUUUGGCAGCAGCAGCAGCAAAAAGUUCAAGUUCAUCCAGCGGUAGUGGGGGUUCUAGUUCCAUUAGCUCAGCACAAGGAUCCGGUAUUGGAACAGCCAUUGCUUCAGGUAGUGGUGGAGCCGCGAGUCUUGCAAGUGCCGCAGCUUUAGCUGCAGCAGCAGCACAAAGCUCAAGUUCAUCUAGUGGUAGCGGGGGUUCUAGCUCCGUCAGCUCAGCACAAGGAUCCGGUAUUGGAGCAGCCAUUGCUUCAGGCAGUGGCGGAGCCGCCAGCCUUGCAAGUGCCGCAGCUUUAGCUGCAGCAGCAGCACAAAGCUCAAGUUCAUCUAGUGGUAGCGGGGGUUCUAGCUCCGUCAGCUCAGCACAAGGAUCCGGAAUUGGAACAGCCAUUGCUUCAGGUAGUGGUGGAGCCGCCAGUCUUGCAAGUGCCGCUGCUUUAGCUGCAGCAGCAGCACAAAGCUCAAGUUCAUCUAGUGGUAGCGGGGGUUCUAGCUCCGUCAGCUCAGCACAAGGAUCCGGUAUUGGAACAGCCAUUGCUUCAGGUAGUGGUGGAGCCGCGAGUCUUGCAAGUGCUGCAGCUUUAGCUGCAGCAGCAGCACAAAGCUCAAGUUCAUCUAGUGGUAGCGGGGGUUCUAGCUCCGUCAGCUCAGCACAAGGAUCCGGAAUUGGAACAGCCAUUGCUUCAGGUAGUGGUGGAGCCGCGAGUCUUGCAAGUGCCGCAGCUUUAGCUGCAGCAGCAGCACAAAGCUCAAGUUCAUCUAGUGGUAGCGGGGGUUCUAGCUCCGUCAGCUCAGCACAAGGAUCCGGUAUUGGAACAGCCAUUGCUUCAGGCAGUGGCGGAGCCGCCAGUCUUGCAAGCGCAGCAGCUCUGGCUGCAGCAGCAGCACAAAGCUCCAGUUCAUCCAGUGGAGGCUCGGGGGCUGCAAGUUCAGCUCAAGGUUCUGCUAUUGGAUCAGCGUUGGCUUCUGGUAGUGGUGGCGCUACAGGUUUAGCAAAUACCGCUGCUUUAGCGGUAGCAACAGCCCAAAGCUCCAGUUCUUCAAACAAUAAUAGUGGUUCUUCUAGUGCUGCUACGUCAUUAGCUGGCGCCGCAUCAAAUGCAAUUGGUGCAGUUACUUCUCAAGCCAGUAGUACUGCUUCUAGUUCAGCAUUCGCUAUAUCUCAAGCCUCCAAUAUAGUGACGAAUCUUUCGAGUUCGUUAAGUGCUUCAGUAAUCCAAUUGCUAGGAUUAGGUAGUGGAAGUGCCGGACUUUUAUCUAAUUUACUAGUAUAUAUUGGAAACUUUGCUCCAGCUUUACUAGGAGAUUUGAAUAGUUCUUUAGCUUCCAUCAUAAAUUCAACGCAAUUGACUACGUUAUUAACAUCAAUAAUAGGAACAGUAAACCUUAACAUUCAAAUUCUUUUAAAUACUAUAUUUGGGUUGAACGUAGGAGGCGUUGGUGCAGUUCUAGGAAAUUUACUGAUAAUUCUCGGUAACUUACUACAACCUUUGAUUGGAGGUGUAAGUGGUUGGAAUGUGUUACAAAAUGUACUUGGUGUUAUUGGAGGUUCAGUAUCUGGGGUCGCAGGCAACAUAUUUGCUCAGAUUGGUCUUGUUCUUCAAGUGCUUCUUGGAUCAGUUGGAGGCACCCAAAUAAUUUUAACAACUGGAAUUGUAUCAGCUCUGCAACAAAUACUUAUUGGAACUAAUGGAAUUCAAAUUUUCGUUACUACUUUACUUUCUAACGUGCAGUUAUUAAUAAGUGAAGUAUCAACUACAUUACUUGGUCCUCUACAAAGUUUGCUGAGCAGCUUAGGAGCCGCUGGAAGCUUACAAUUACUUAUUAAUGGACUACUGAAUGGCGUUUUGGGACUUAUCUUACAAUUAGUCGGUUUCGUUUCCAAUAAAACGCUUUGCGCACUCUUGUCAUCGUUAUUCAAGUUCUUAGCAGCAAUUUCAGAUGCUUGGUCAGCUAUAUUCACUAAUUUAAAACUAAUUAUUGGAGGAUGUGGUUGUGCAUGUACGAGCGACACUAUUGUUGCCAUUCUUAUAACUUUGCGUCAAUUACUUGGUCAAAUUUCUAUUCUUACAACUGCGAUUGCGGGAUUGGGUGGUGGAUUCGUUAUUUUGCCACAACCUACUCCGUGUUAA